AUUGCGUCCAGGACCACAGAUAUAACGCGUCACACUUGACCCACUUGGGAAUUUAGCAGUGGACAGGCCAGUUUUUUCUCUGCAUUUCAUGAAGAGGCUCGCCUCAGGUCGAUUCUCGCUUCAUCGCCUCUAACUACAGCUCCUCCUGCUUUUGCUCGUUUGUCCAUUUUACCUUUCCCCCCUUGACAAAAUGUGCACCGUAGGAGACUGUACCGAAACCCCAGGGGGCGGCGCUUCUUCACCCAUUACUACAAGGCCUCUCUCACUCCUAAUAUCGUUCCUAGCGAUUCUGAUAGCCACUUACCUCUUCCAGCGAAAACGCUACCAACUUCCACUCCCCCCAGGCCCCCGCGGACUCCCAAUCUUGGGCAACAUCUUCCAGCUUGCCUCCAAAUACCACUGGCUCCAACAACAAGAAUGGACGAAAAAGUACGGCCCGAUAUUCAAGAUUCGGUUUGGAUCGCACACCAUUAUUGUCCUGGGGACGUACAAGGCUGCGCGGGACCUGCUGGAUAGGCGGGCGAAGAUAUACUCCGACAGACCGGAUCUUGUAGUUUGUGGGAAGCAUAUUUCUCGCGGUAUGCCUUCCUUGUUUUCAUGUUGGCCUUUUAGCCAAUUUCUAUCAUACCCCAGAUUUAUCACGCGUACUCAUACUAACCAACAAACCCAGGAUACCGAACUCUCCUAAUGCGCGGAGAGAUGUGGAACGCCCACCACCGGCUUCAAGCAACAAUACUAUCGCCGAAAAUGUCCCAAAAGUACAAACCAGUGCAGGACCUCGAAAGCAAGCACAUGAUCCACGCCCUCCUGAAGAAACCAGACGACUUUGCCCGCCAAUUCCACCGCUACUCCGCGUCACUUGUUUUCUCCCUGGGCUACGGCAAACGCCUGGUCACCGCACAUGAGAAGGAACUCCGGGCGAUCGACCUCAUUAUGCGGAACUUCACGGAAGCUGGCGCCGUGGGGAGGUGGUGGGUGGAUCUCUUCCCUAUCCUCGACCUCUUGCCAGAGUGCCUUGCCGAGUGGAAGCGGGUUGGCCUCAAGUUCCAUCAGAUCGAAUGUGAAUUGCACCUCGCCAAUAUGAGAGAGGCCUUGGAGGAAAAGGGGUGGAAUUGGGCGAAGGUGUACAAGAAUUCUCCACUUUCGCAAGGGAUGUCAGAGUUAGAGAUUUCUUAUGACGGUAUGUAUCUCCACCUCCCUUGUCGGGGAAAAGUAAAUACUGGUACCUCAUGUGUGGGAGGGGAGAAAGCAAGCUAACUCCCAGCAGCUGGAAUUCUUUAUGAAGCAGCCAGUGACACAACCACCAUCGCCCUAGAAGUCUUCAUCCUUGCAAUGGUAAAAUUCCCGCACGUGGCCCGCCGCGCACAGGAAGAACUCGACCGCGUCGUCGGCGAAUCCCGACUGCCAGGCUGGCAGGACCAAGCCUCCCUCCCGUACAUCCAAAAGGUCAUCAAAGAGACCUUGCGCUGGCGUCCAGUCGCUGUAAACGCAUUCUACCACGCGGUGACCGAGGACGACGAAUACCUCGGCUACCGCAUACCGAAGGGCUCCUGGAUUGUGGGGAAUGUCUGGGGGAUACAUAUGGACCCGGAGGUGUACCCGAACCCGAACGACUACAAUCCCGACCGCUACGACGACGAGACGCUCGGAUAUCUGUCUUUCGGCUUCGGGCGUAGGGCCUGCACCGGGAGGCACAUUGCAAAGAACUCCCUCUACAUCACUAUCUCGAGGAUGUUGUGGGCGUACGACAUUGGGCCGAAUAUUAGGCCCGAUGGGGCGGAGGUUCCGGUUGAUGAUAUGGCUUUCACCAAUGGGUUUCUGUCGCGCCCUGUACCGUUUGAGUGCUCUAUCAAGCCAAGGAAUCAGAACCGUGCAGAGGUUAUUGAGAGGGAAUGGGCCGAGACGGACAAGGAUCUCCAUUCGCUAAUGACCGCCGAGAGCUUUGCCUAGGUGGUGCCCCUCUUCCUCUAUUGACUUUGGCUAGGUUUUUAGUUUCAUGUUAGCUAGUUUUGAAUUUUUCUGGGCGUGUAUCCCCCUUUCUGGCUGCUUCCCUAUUCUGCCUAUGCUAUAGCUAUUGAUAGUCCUCAUGAUCCCACAAGAAUCGAUUGCAAGCAUACCUUUUUGCCAAAGA